GGAGGAUGAACUCAGGACGGAGUGGGUGACAUGAAAAGGUAAGUGACUCAUCCUUUAAGCCCCUAUGACAUUAGUUUCAUUUGGGUAUGAGAUGUAAUUGAACAUAUGUUGUUGCUGCUGCUAUUAUCGUAAAAACUACAGAUAUUCAUAGUUUUAAGAGGACUUAUUCAGUAAACUUUCAGUUUAAUUACCAAUGUAGUGAAGCUUGUUGAUGCUACAUUAACAAAAACAAGCAAAACAUGAUGAUUUAUGCUAAAUAUAGUGUAAGGGUCUUUUUAUUUUUACUGGACUACUAUUUCAUAUAUAUACAAAAUGAGGUAAUGUCACCUGAAUUUAAACUUUAAUGCUACCUAAAAGGAUGAGUGUUCAAAGAGCAAAAUGUUUUUGUUUGUGUAGUGUUAUAAUUGUUUCAUAAUGUCAGAUUAAUGCCAAACAUUUGCAGUUAGUACCUAAAUAAAAAAUAGAUACAUUUAUUUAAUACUUUAAUUUACAUAAAAACGUUUUUCAAUAAAUAGUAAAUAAUAAAUAGUCUUUUUUUUUCAUGGUCAUAAUUCGUGUCAAACCCUUAUAUCUUAAGGACUCAAAUGUUUACAUGAUGUUUUGUUAACUUUGGUCAAGUUAACACAAAUCUUAGAUUUGCGGCACAAUUAAUGACUCAACAGAAAAAAACAAUGCAUCAUAAUACAAAUUGUAUUGUAUUUAUAGAUAAAAGGGAAUCUCAAAUAUGUGUAAAAUGUCUAAUGCUGCGUUGUAUGUUUAUGAUAUGUCAGAUACAUAAGAUACCGCAGAAAUUUAGUUUGCCCUACAUUAAUAAUUGCGACAUCAUCAAGGUCAAUGAAACAGUCCUCACUGAACAAGUCCAGCUCGCUUUCUUCUUUGUGCUUGUAUGCAAAUCGGAUGUUUUGGUGGUGAAACAGAGCAGGUAUUUGACUCCUGACAGCUUCAUGACAUCGUGUCUGAGGUGAGUCUGAUUCAGUCACAUUCGACCUCAAUACACAAGCUCAGCUCAGCAACACUGACAGGCUGUGAUGGUGUGAGAGCAAAGGUGAUCUGCUCUGGCAUUUCAGUUUGUCUUGUUUUCAAAUCAGAUCAUAACUGAAGGUUUUUGUUGAGCUGAGAUCAUUUUUUCUCCUUGUAUACAGAGAGAUCACCCCAGGCACAGGUACAUAUCAUUGCUGAAAAAACUGUAAUUACUAAAAUUUGCAGGUUUUGUCAUGUACCACACUCUUUCCCAACACCACACUGCUGUCACUGGAUAUCCUGGCAUGAUCAUUCAGAUGAAGUCAGUUCAUUGUCAACAGUUGUUGCUAUAGGCAGUCAUACUAAACAUGACCUUUACCAAAGGCUUUACUUUUGAUAGAGGAACGCAUUUUUUUUAAGGGGAAGAAGGUGGGUUAUUUGUUUAAUGCUUUGACGGUCAUAUAUACUGUCACCUGUACUGCAUUUUAGUGAUACAAAAUAUUCUCAAACUGGAACCAUUUUAAAGUAGUUUUGGAGGUUUUCUCUUAUUAUAUUCGAGACAUUUUGAGGCUGAAAAGUGGUGGAUUUUAACAGGGUAUUUAUUAUGUGUAAGACUCAUUAGGACUGCCAAAAUAUCUUUAUUAAAAUAUUUUUACUUUACAGUUUUUUACAACCAAAAUAAAAAAACAAACAAACAAUAAAGACAAGAGGUGUGAGACAAACAAAGACCAGCUAAAAGGGGGCAUUGGGGAGUCUGAAGGGGGCAUACAAUACGCUUAUUUUUGGCACAUCAAUAUUAGGUUUCUUUUUAAGAUGGUCACAGUAAAUGUUGGUUCAGUUACACUAGAAAUAGGCCAAAUAAUCUGCCAAUACCUGCACUCACAGGAGCAUUUAGCCUUAUUAUAUAUUAAAAACAUAUAGGUCUGUCAGUUAAGCCUGUUAGUUGAAUCCAGGCUGUAUGCUGCAGGUGUUAUUGCUGCCUGUUCUUGUCUAAUUUGACAAACAUAGCACUUUUUUGCGCGUUUUAGGUUUCUGUUGGUUUAAAAUGCUUUAAAAACCUCACGUGUGAGUUCAGACGUGAGCUUGCGCUUUGUGUUAACAUCCAUUCUUGCACUGCAUAUGUCCCUAUGUGCCCUUUUACCCCUGUUCACCUGCUGCAGCGAGCUCGAGACAUAACUGAGGACUGUCCCGCCCGACGACGUGUGUGUGAGUGUGUGCGCUUGUGUAAAUCUUCAUGCGUCAGCAGAAGCCGGACAGCGGCACGCUCCCUUUGAAUAGGACGGGGGAUGGAGGGAGUGGGGGAAGCCUGAUGACGUUUGGCCUGGCAGCUGGGAGCUGCUCCGCUCUUUUGUUCCCCUCUGACCCCUCCUGACCUGGCACUCGCCCUGAUGUCACACACACACACACACUCGCUCACAUUAUCACACACCUGCACGUAGCAGACACACGAUCACAAUUACGCACACACAAGCAUGCACCAGUAUAUAUGUAAAUGAGGAUCCUGCAUCCCACAGCAUAGACACACGCACAGAAGCUGAUCAGUGGGUCCUAAGGGGACAAUCGAUCAAGACCUAAUCAGGGGGCUAGGACUCUGUGGGUAAAGUUGUGUCUUCUUUUAAAGAUCACUCAUUACAGUGGAGCUAAUGAUGUUGGAUUGAACAAUUUUUGCUGUCAGGCUGAAGCUAAACAGUGAUCUAAAGAGGGCUCUGCUUCAUCACGGUCAGAAAAAUUGCAUUUUUUGCCCUAAUUGUCUUUAGACUCUUAGAAACGAACCACAGCACUUUCAGAGAGUCUAAAACAUUACGUUUGAUUACAUUUAAAUUUACUGAAACAUAUGUUUUAAGAGUCGAUCCAAUUCCCAUAUCAGUGUCCUAAAUACCUCAGCUGAAGCCGAAAGUGAGCAAACCACUUUAUCAGGGACCAAACUAGAGACAGGUGAUAUAAUGACAGGAUUGGAUUGGGUGGAAAAAUCUUUGUUGUCCCUAAGGAUCGAUUCGUUUUGUAACAGAAGCCAAAUACUAUAAUAUCAUAUCACAACUCAUGCAAUACACAGGAUUAACAAACAUAAAUUCAUACAUUUGAAAUACCUAUCAUUAUGUUUGUGCAGUAAGAUAUCAGACACAAAGACCUGCAGUCUUUAGUAAUUGAACAGUAUGAAGCAAAUACAAGAAGCUGCUGCAACAAUAAGAAAAAAAAUGUACUAGUCAACCAUUAAUGCAUACUGUAGGAAUUUGAUUGUUUGAUAUGAACAUUUGCUCCUUUUCUGUUUCAUGUGAUCAUAAAUGUGAUAUUUAAGGGUUUGGCUGCGAACAUCAAAAGGUGCUCCCCUUAUUUGUGACUUUUUGUUUUACUCACACUCAUCAGCGAUGAUAAAUUUCUUAAAGUUGCAGUCCUGCACUGCUCCUUGAAAACUACAGUUCCAUAGAUGCGGACAGCGUUGCUGUGGAGCUUUUAUUGCCCAGAGUUAUGUGGUAAAUCUCAGCAAUGUGUCUUCUUUGUGUGUCUGCAGAAUCACUCCAUCUCCAUUACACCAAAUAGCAGCCCGCGCCAACAGCAGGUGGUGUGUGUGUGUGUGUGUGUGUUUUCAUUCUGCCUCUUUUAGUGACCCUAAAGGUCAGCAGGCCUGAGGCCGAGCUUUUGUGCCUUCUAAGUCCUCGAUGACCCUGCCUCAACUCCCCCCACACACACUCAAACAUACAUGCCAUGUGGUUGGGUCUGGUUUGUUUGGCUCCCUCUCCAUGGUUAGCAGUGUGUGUGUUGGGGGGCUGUUACUAGUUUAGCAUGGUGCCUGUAAAGUGUGUGUGGAUGAUACCAGCUGGAGAGCUGCUCUUCCUCUCAGGUCUUGUUAAGGGAGUAGAGUAAUCCCUGCAGCCUGGAUCAGUGUUUACCCAGAGGGCUGAGAAAGAGCUGCUCCUUCUGUUUCUUUCUGUCCAUCCAUUCCUCUGCUUGGAUUAACCUCACACUUUCUGGUUCUGCUUUCUUCAUCCUCAGAGUUUAAUGAUUUUCCAUCAUCUAAUUAAAGUGUUACUGGUCGACCUUUCCUCUGUCUUGUCGGGGAUGUUCUGAGCAACAUUUUAAAGUCUUGAUUUCAUACUUGCAUUUUCUUUGAUAGAAACAUAUGUCUGCCAUACCAGCUCUGCUUUAUGAUACUCACUAAAACUGGUGCAUUUUAAUCACCUACCCCUGUGGAGUUAGAGGCUGGCUGUGCACAUCCUUUCACGUAAAAAACCCAGGGCCAAAUCAAUGUGAUUUAACUUUAGUUUAAAAAAAAACAAAUGUCCCUACAUUCCUACAUUUUCUUGUAGGGAACCUCUGAAAAUUAAUGCAAGUCAUUGAAACUGUGAUAUCUAAUAGAGCAGGGGACUGUGUUUGGUGAGUGAUGCAGACUGCAGCUGUAUGCGAGCCAUUGGUAUCCUUUGAUUUUGGAAGGUCCUGAAAUACUGAGGUUACCCAGUCUCAGUUGUAACAGUGGUACUGUCUGAAUAGUUUUGUUGCAUUUAUACUACAGAUGGUGUAAAACUGUGUUCAAGCAACUUUGCCAAAAGCUAGAAGACAAAAGGUUCAUUCGUGAAUGAGCGCCAAAUGUUUGAUGAGUUUAACUUUUUAACAACGCAGCAUCACAAAGGGCUAUGGCUCAACAAAAGAGAUUUUCUUUGCAAAUGUAAUUAUUUAAUUGAAUUAAAAAAACAGGGAGAUAAAUGUGGAUUAUGUGGUUUGCUAAUAAAAGUAAUUUAUCGUUAAAAUGUUUAAUAGCAGAUGUCCUGGUCUAAGAAUAUCACUUAAUCUGACUCAGGACUGUAAUAACAGGCUCAGCUCUUGUGGUUGUGAUCUUUCUGUCAGAUUUGGUGCCACCUCCAUAUGUUUCCUCUUUUGUUUGAGGUGGAAACAGCUCACAGGUCAAAUAAAACUCUUCAGAUUUAUCUUGUGUAAACAGCAGCCACACUGUGCAGUGCAGAGUCGUGCUGCGUUCGAGGGCCUUGGUAAGGUGCAGGCAGGCAGCGGGGAGCAGGACACCUGUUCAUCCUGCGACUAGAAGCAGAUGGUCCACAUGGCUCCUGCUCCCUGAGGGGAAAACCUGUCAGCUGAGCCCCAAUUAAGGAGUCAUACUGCAAGUCAGGGAGGAGGGGGAAGUCAGGGGGGGAGGGAGAUAAGUCAAAAAAUGAAAUGACUGUCAUCUGAUUUUUUAACAUACUGGAUAUUUGGAUUUUCCCUACAAAUAUUUAUUCUUUCUUGUGAAAGAAUGAUUUAAUAAUCAAGUUAUUUUGAUUAUUACGAAGCAUUAUUUGGGAGAGGUUAUAGAUGGUUAAGAUGCCAACAACCGAGUUGAUUUAUACAUAUAUAUAUAUGUAAAAAUAAAAAAAUAGGAAUUUAAGAUGUGAUGAUAUGAGGGUAAAGUCCUACACUUGUAAGACAGUCAUAAAUUUGAUGAAAAAAAUUAAAAGUUUCAGGAAGUCAUAGUUUGCCUGAAAGCAGAUUUAAAACUUCACUUUCAUAAGAUAACUACUUUUGUAAUUUUUCAGUGUUCUUUUUGUAAAUCUACAAACUAGAAUUUUAUUUUUCUUACUGAUUGAUGACUUUUUUUCUCCCACUACACAACUUAAGUCAACAUUGCUACUAAAAUCACUAUUCUUGUACUUUUGUUCUCAUAAAUGUACCAAUUUUGUUCUAAAAGUCUCUUAUUUUUUUCUUCCUCUAUGUGGCCCUGUAAUCCCUUAUAGGCAGAUUAUUUCUGUAGUUAAUCUACCUUCAGUAUUAUACCUUCUCAGACUACAGCAGGAGUGAUAACUGACACAGCACACAGAUAGCAGCUGUGUUUGGUAAGAUGAACAUGAACAGGUUUUGUCACCUGAAUUAGAUUAGGUCAGAUACAUGCUUUGUCUGACAGAUGUCAGACAGUGUCAUUUGCAUGAACAAUACAGAUGACAUUUACAGAAAUAACCUUUAGUGAGUGCUCAGCCCUGCCUCGUUGUUACUUCACACCUAAAUGGGAAACUCUGACAGCAGAUUUGCAUGUUGGCUCCCCAAGAACGACAGACUUGGCCGCUUUCCAAGCUGUGAAUAGGGAUUAGUCAAUACACUGGAUAAAAUUCGUGGUUUGUUCAAUGACUAUAUCGAGCAUGUGAAAAACCUGCAACACUCCUCUCAAGAAUGUUCGCUGGGCUGGCAACGGGCCAUCAGAGCUGGCUGCCAAAGUGAUAAAGUUUCUGUUCUCAUAAAUGAGCCAUAAACAGCGUAGCGAAAGGGGUUCAACAACUUUUAUGACUCGCGUUUGUUUUUCGCUGCUCUGUCAAUCACCACAAAUGCAAACACACAAGCAUGAGCAUCCACUUUAUGCUUCUUAAUACGCAAUGUUGUAUAAUACAUUAUCAGCUGUCCUGAUAAACAGACUCAAAAACAGUUUCUAUCCAACAGCAAUAACUACCCUCAUUGCCUCAAUGCAACACAAUGCAUAUAAGUAGUGGAAUUGUGCAAUACAAAUUGACGUAAUGUAUGGUAGAUGUGAGUGUGUGUGAUUUAUUAGUAUUGUAGUAUUUACUACUGUGUGUGUGUAUUUUGUUAUUGGAGUAUUUAGUACUGUAGUGUAAAUUCUUUUCUUUUUAUUCAUGCACUGACCUUCUGGCACUUUUAAAUUUCUUCAAACUUGUUACACUGGCAAUAAAAGACUAUUCUAUUAUUGUGGCUAACCAGGGAGUAUGUAAUGUAUCGGAUGUACGAUGGUAUGUAGGUUAAACUCCAGUGGAGAGACUAAUUAUAACCUUAGAUGCUCAAGAGACAGUUUGUAAGUAUGUCAUGUUGGUUGGGUUGAGUUUGAUGAUUUAUAGCAGCAGAUGUGUUGACAUACAUAAAUAUACAACACUGAAAUAAUUAGACAGAUUGAACUAUUGAUGGUAUCUAAUCGAAGAGAAAUCAGGAUAUUCAAACUGGCCCUGCAUUUUAACUUUUUUUUUUUUAUUUGAGCAUUUACCUAAAUGUUGCAGAAGUGUUUUUUGUUGUUGUUUUGGCGUGUAUUCAUACUUGUUUUAUACUCUUUUCUACCGAGAGGUAAAUGAUCUUUUGUGACAUUGAAAGCAGUGGGGAUAAAAUCAUACACUGUCCCCAUUCUUAGGUUAAAAUGACCUGGUAGCUCAAACUGUUUAAGUCCAGCCUGACGGACAGCUAGUCUUUGUGUCUGAUCCUUCUGAGCCUAUAAGUAAAACCCCUUCACACACUCUGGGGGUCUUUGAAAAGAUGUCGUGAUAUUGUCAAAGCUGCAUUCAAACCCAAAGCUCAGCUCUCACUUUUCAUCCUUUUCUCUCUAUUCUGACUACUUUUACUUUCUCCCUCUUGGUAUUUUGGCAGCUUUUCUCCUUCGCUGCAUCAUUCCCCACCUGCUUACCUUCCGUCAGACACACAAACUCGCACUGCUAACACCCAUUUUGGAGCACGCACUACUUUUAACAUAAUUUGUCUCAUUGUCUGAGUCAAGCCAAUCCCCCACACAUGAAACAAAGAGGUUGGAUGUGGCAGCCGUCCCCAGUGGGACAGGUGUUCCACAGAGCUCAAUUCUGGGUCCUCUGGGUUUUUCACUCCCCUCUUUCUCCUCUAUCAGGAUGCUUGUGUGUGUGUGUGUGUGUGUGUGUGUGUGUGUGUGUGUGUGUGUGUGUGUGUGUGUGUGUGUGUGUGUGUGUGUGUGAUGGCCCUUAGCAUGGUGAGUGUGUGUGCAGCUGCCUGCAGAGGGUCCCUUCUUUGUGCCCCCCUCCAACCCCCCUCCCUCUAUUGUCAACUCCUGCCUCCUCGUCCAUUCAUUGGAUGGUAGUUGUGGUGUUUUUGUGUGUUUGUGUCUGUGUGGUUUAGGUCGGGGGUGCAGAGUGGGUGGAGAUAUACCAGCUUAUCUUAGUGUCCCUUUUUAUUGGCUGAGAGUUGGGUUGAUUGGUGUGUGUACAAAAUAAGCUUCAGUGAAGACAGGAAAGUGAGACGUGUAUGUUUGUGGCUGGUGUCUGUGUUCCCAUUGGUCAGAUUCAGAGUGAAGAGGGGAUGGAGGAUCUCUUACACUCCAUCUGUUGCUAGUCACAUCUCUAAACCUGCAGCAUCAGGACACCGCUCUCUGCUUCUCAGCCAAAAAGGAGAACUUCCUAAAGGAUUGCUGCUAAAACUUAACCAGGAAGACGGUUUUGUUCACGUGGAUUGACAGCUUUACUUUCUUUCAGUGGAUAACAAGCCUUUUUUGUAUUUUUGCCUUAUUAAAGGAUUCUACGCUUUAAAAACCUCAUUUUUGAGGAACUUCCUUUAAGGCUUUUUUUCACUCUGCAUUUUACUGCUGGGAUGAUCUACAAAAACAUUUCAUGAAAGAAAUUGCAGGAGUCGUUGCAUUUGCUCUGUUUGGCUGGUUUGCUGUUUCUCUUGGAGCUGUUUGGUAAGUGCUCUUAAAAAUUGCUUUAUCUGUGCAAAACCAAGGCAAACAUCUGAGUGCUUUGUUGUGGAAAUAAGUAUUAUCUUCUAUUCAAAGCAGUUUGUUUUACACUCGAUAGACUUCUGGCAUUUUUGGUGAAAGAAUUUUAGCUGAUCCUAUCAUGGUAAUCUUUUUGAACACAUCAACAUGAAGCCCAAAUUAUUGCUAUAAUUUUGUUUUAGAUUACAGUUUGAAUCACUGUCUUAACACUUGAAUACAUAAACAGUAAAAUUGUAGAGAAGUUUAUGGCACUUUGGAUGUCACGGCCUGAUUAAAGAGUCCUCAAUCUCAAUGCAAGGAUUUCAACGAAAUGUUAGAGUGAUUGAGUGUUAUUGUAAUUUGUUAAAUUUUGACAUAUAUUUUGGUUUGGAGUAUUAUUUAAAAAAGUGCAAAAGGGUACCUGUGGUUGUCUGUGGUUUGCCUAGAAAUGAAAGAAUAUGAAAUAUUUCCUAUACAUAAAUAAUAUAAAAAUAUUUCCAUAAACUAUAAAAGCUGUUAAGAUGUAAAAGCAGCCAUUUGUGAACAUCAGACCGUUUCUCACCUCUCUGCUCCUGUCUGUAGUCAGAACAGGAAAGCAAACCAGACAUAAAGGUCUCCAAAACUCAGAGGUGAAAGUGAGUGCUACCCAGACCCCCCAGCUGAAAGAUCACAUGACAGACAGACAGUGCUGAUAUGUAUCACUGAGGAUGAAUCUGGACACCACCAGUUGCAGAAGAAGAGCAAGAGAGGGAGGAGCUGGAGGAUGCUUUCAGGGAGGUCCCCUGUGGCUUCAGGAGGCAUCUGUCGCCCCCACUGCCCAUACACCCUACCAAACCCCCACCCCCACCACAUACACCCCCCCGUCCCCCCUUCCAGCCGGUCACUGGUAUGGCAGACUGGCUAGCUGCUGGGCUCAGCCGGCAACUGGCAGCCAUGCAAUGCCCCUGAGGGACUGGUCAGGGUCUGGCCUCAGGGGAGCUCAUCCCCUCUUUACACCCCCAAGGGGGCUAACCCUGGACCAUGACAUGCACAGAGGUACACCCAUUGCAGAGGCAGCGCAGGCAGGCCAGGUCACUGAGGUGGAGGCUGCAGCAUCUGCUCAAAGUGGGAGACCCCUCCUCCCAUAAAAACUCAAACAACCCAGAAAUUAUUGGGUAGUUGAGUUAUUCUCUCGGAAAAAAAUUAGCUGUAAGGAGAAAAAAAACUGCAACAAAAGGAAGGAGACUAGACUGAAAGAAACAUCAUGUCCUUUGAAUACUUCUGUAAAGCAGCCUCCUUUUGUGCUUCAGCACAAAAUAUCUUAAUUUAUGGAGAUUAGCAAAGCUGUUGGUUGCAAAACUCAGGCAAAUGCACCUGUGCAAAAAGCAGAGACAUUUGUAAACUAUGAUGCAGGUCUAAACUGGUGGGUUGGGGAGUUUAGAUUUGCAGAAAACCAUGAAUCAGGAAUAAGGGUCCGCUUACUUUGUUUUUUUUAAAUGGAUGUGAAUCUGUGAAUCACUAUGAUGAGUUAUUGACACCUUUAUUUUUUUGUAUGAACACCAGAUCUUUCUAGAGCAGAACAACAGUGCUGAUAUGUUAAAGACACAGGAUAUUGGUUUUCUAGACUUGUAAUAUUUUUCUUUUAAAUACACCACAGUUAAUUAAAAACAGAUUAGUUUGCACAUAAUUGAAUCACACCAAAAGUAAUCACAUAGCUGUAUCACGCUUCAGUCGAGGUGCUGUUUUUGUAUAUUACCAGAGGUGGGCAAAGUUGACCCUAACUUAUAUAACUGUUCGUCUGUUUACUUUGUGUAGAUUAAACCAAAGUUAACGUUAAUGUCAAAAUCGCAUGAAAACCCUGGUGGUCCGCCCCUGAUUAUCUUUAACAGGAAGGAUCCCCAUGACCAAAAUCCCAUAAAUAAUAUGCUGCAGCCCCAUUAUAUCCAUCCUUAAAUUACUUCAAAUCCACAAAGGCUGUAUGAUCUUGCUCAAGUUGUCUGUGAUCCAUCUUACCAUGUAAGAGCAGGGUUUGGAUCCUUUGUUCUUAGCAAACAGUUUAACUGUGGGGAAAGUCUACCCAAGAUCAGGUAAUACUGAAAUAAUGAUGUUGAAGAAAGUCAAAUUUAACAUCAAUGAAGGAGCUCAUGUUUUCCUAAAUGAAGAUCCUCUUUAUGAUUCAUCUCAAAAGGCCUUUGGAUUGAAGGAACUCAAAGCAGGGACAUUUUUCCUCCUCGCUUUGUUUCCUUUUUGGUUUUUUUUUUAACCAAAUUGUAGCUGAAGUGGGUUUCCUGCUCAAACUAUCAGUACUAUUUCAGUGAAUAUACAAGACAGUUUAAUGUUGUAUUUUUGUAAAGCUUACAGCCACAGCUUCAAAAGCUCGACAGCGGUGGUUUGAACCUGCUGUGUCACUGUCAUAUUUCUGCUGACUCCUCAAAAAUACUGUCUGGUAACUGAUGGCUGACUCUGGUGUUACUGCUGCGUUAUACCAAGCGUCAUCUGCAUGAGUGUGCGUCGUACUCGGGGUGAACGAGUUUAAAGAGCCCCAGCCUCCGUCUGUGCAUGCUGCUCGGGCAGAGAACAAUACCUCCGUCACAGGAGGACAGAUUGGGUGGCAGCUGCAUUGUUGAGGGACGGCAAGCCAGACACACUUCUUCCCCCCACCCCCUGACACACACAAACACACUCUCACUCUUUGCUUUUGUGCCUCUUUUGUUGUUGGCGAACUAAAUUAUUCCGGCUUUCUUGUGGCAUUCAGGGUGACAAACAGCGGCGCGGCAGCUUAGACGUCGGGGUCGGGGCAUUAAGAGGCCCCUGCCUUCCGGUGCUUUGGCUUAAGAUUGAAGGGACUCUUCAUUACAAAUGUCUCUAAAUAAUAACUGCACAUGCAUGCGGACAAUGAUCAAAAAUAACAAUUUUGAAACAGUUGACAGAGACAGCUCAUAUAAUGAGCGUCUCUAGAAUAAGCCCCUUUCAGAGCAGUUUUUGGUGCUGGUUUUUGUUAUUCUUGAUGUCCAUCCAGUUUAGCAUCUGUGGUGAGGGGAACCACACGCUUACUGUUCCUUUUAAAAAAUUAAUCCUCAAGAUUAAUGGUUAGUAGCUUGAUGAAUAGUGGUCUGACUGUGUUUCUGUCGCCUCUGUCAGAGUUCUCACAUCUUUCUAUUAAGAAUGGAUAAAAAUAAGUCAUGAAAAAGUUGUCCUCAUGGUGGUUUUUGUCCUUCAAGAAUACAAAUCCAUUAUAAAACAAAACACCCAUUUUAAACAAGGUCUGACAUACAGUAACUAAAAUUUUAACUGAUAUACCUCAUCAGCCAAUCCUGCAUGCUUGUGCAGUGAUAUAAACAACAACAUUGCAAGAAAAAAAAACACAAGCAGACUUAUGGUCUGUCUCAAUAUGGGAUGUGAAUGAAGAACCUAUCUUGAUGCUCUCCUCUUGGUUCUGCAUGUCUUGUAAAAAAAAUUUGUGUUACUUGUCACCGGAGACAACCAAAGAUGUGGGAAAAUGAUCAUCAGACGUAACGUGCCUACACUGCCAACUCUAGAACAGAGCAGUAUGAACCUGUUUUUUAACAGUAAACUGUGGGCUUCUGGAACAAUCAGGGUUUCUUCUAUCCAACAUAGACGAUGGAUUACUUGGGUCAAAUCCCUUUAAAAACGAAGGUAACCUGUUAGGAUUUACUGGGAAACAUAGCCAUUUCUGUUAUCAGCUGACAAUGCUGGACAGUUCCUCUGUCCACCAAUGAGAGAGCUGUAUCUGUAAUCAGCUGACCUCUUCAGGUCCUGCCAGAAGCUAGGCUUUCCAUUCACUGAGCAGUGAAGGGAAUAAAACAUGUUAUAAAAAUUUGUGGUAUUGGCACAGAAAACCUGUUUUUUUAUCUGCAGGCACUGAUCACAGAACCAAAAAAAAACCCAAAAAUUGGGUUAUUAAAAGAAUUGAAAAUGGCAUUGGUUAUCCCAUGUCCCGGUACUUAGAGUAAAAGUAUGGGCACCAUGUAGUGUGGACAACAAAAACACAGAUAUGCAUUAAUAAACCAUAAUAGUAAGAUGGCUUCUCCAGUCUAAUCUAUAAUAAGUCUAAUUGGUAGCUAAAGCUAAUUAGAUUAGAUUAAUCUACCACCUAUUAUACCUAAAUUAAGGUUGUACAUUUGAAUUUUUUUGCUAACACUUCAUAUACUUAUUCUUCUCCUGUGGAUGGAUUAGACUACUAAAGCAACUAUCGUCUUGACAUCUUUCCACCUCCACAUUUAGUGCCCUGUUUACUCAGCAAUCACACUAAAGCAUAAAGUGCAGCUCAUAGUGCAAUCUUCCAACAAAACCAUGCUGUAAAACGAGCACUGAAAUGAGUGUCUAGCACGAAAUUAAAUGAUGGAAACAACUAAUUUGGUUUGAGUUGAUAAGCGGUUCGACACUGUGGAAGUACCCUACAUGGGUAUUUCCACUCGUAAACAACCACAUUUAUCACACCACAUAUUUGUUUGUGGUGUAAAAUCCCACUCAAGCAUGCUAACGGACACUCAACCCACAUCAAACCAGCGACUGCAGGUGCUGUCCCUUACAUUCACAUCUUUGUCCAGAGCUUAAAACAUAAUUGGAGCAAACUGAAGGAUGAUCCUAUCUAUUGUUCUGAAAUUUAAUUAUCUGUAAUACAAUGAACAAUGCCCAUGUCUUACUAGUCAGAUAAAGAUGUAUGAACUAGAUCUUCGAGAACCUUUAAGUCAGCCUUAAAAGAAGCUUUCUGGAAAUUACAGCUAGAAUAAGUGUGUCCUUGACUCUGGAGAUGUGGAGAAAUCAUGAACAUAUGUUGUUUUUUUAAGGGGUCAUGAGUAAUUACUCAUCAGAUUAGAUCUCCCUUUGUUUCAGACAAUAAGCGGACCCCCACCCCUAUAACAGAGGGAGGAUGUGACCACUGUUAAGGAAUCUCUUUAAAAUUCUUAUACAGGAGAAACUUUGAAUGGUGUACAUUGAAAAUUUAAUAAAAAAUGUCAUCUUUCAUGGUCCUGCGAUUACUUAAAGAACGGCACUACCAGUAUUUUGGAGUGUUUUAGCCUUUUGUGAAAAAUUAUGUGUGCAAUAGCUGAAUAAAUCUUGUGUUUAGUUUUUGUUUGUUUCGUUUUUUUACACACAUUUUCUUUAAAAAUUUCUGCACUUGUUGAACUUUUGGCUGCAUGGGGCUAAAAUCAGAAUUACUGGUGCUUCCCUUGCAGGUUUUCAUAAAACUGCCUGCUCAUGUCAAACUAAUCCUGUAAGAGAAAGCUCUCCAGAGGCCCACACUUUUAAGUGCUCUGUCAGUUACAAUGGUUACAUAAAAAAAGCACUUUUCUCUGAAAGAUUAAACUCUCAAGUUUGACUCUUAUCUUCCCUUCAGAGAAAUUUAAAGUUCACACGACAUCAAAUCAUAAACACUCAAGAUAGCAAUCUCAAGCAGAUUAAGAAAGUAAAAUGCUGAUGCAAAUACUUUGGAGGUCCACCUACAAAGGGUCUAUGCGUGAGAAACCCUGGCAGCACAUCCUGGCCGUCAUUAUCAUCUGCUUUCAUUAUGACUGUAUGCCAACAUUCAGCUACAGACAUAAUGAGGUUUAACAUAAGAGCUUCGUCUCAGUCCCUGUAACCUUCACAAAUACACCCCUAGCCUUUAACUUUGGAAGCAAAGUUGUACCAAUAAAGUACAUGCAGCAAUAUAUAAAAUGCAGUCGGGGGGGGGGGCUAUCAGAGAAAAAAAAAAAAGUUCAGCAAUGUGCAAUUUUUGUGCUGAUGUGUAGUCCUUUCUAGUACUAUCUGUUUUCUGUACAUGAAGUUUGUAGUCCUGCUAGCUACAAGUAAUUCAACUGAGCCUAUAGUGGUGUUGAUAGUUGUAAUAUAUAGUAAACCCACUGUCUGACAACAAUUUGACACACACCAUUGAUUUACAACAACCAGGAGUCUUUAAAAAACAAAACAAUAACAGAUCAUUGCACUCCACAUGGUUUAUUUUCUUAAUGGUGUUCCAUAGUUUCUUUAAAGGCUGAGUGAAAAGCAUUUGUAAUAAAAAGGCAUUGCUAAUAGCCUUGUCUUGGUUGCUAAGUAUUGCGUAUUUGAUUAACAGGAAAGGCUGCUUGCUUCAAUCUAGCACCGUGUGCUGAGUAAAAUAAGAUAAUACAAUACGAUAACUCUGUGCUGAAUACGGGUAUACUGGUUGUAAAUUGUUUUUUUUUACAAAUUAUAACAUACCUAAAGUCUUUUUUGUCUCCAAGUAAUAUUUUGCUUGUGUCUUGCUUGGUUGUACACUUUGAUGUAUUAAGGUGAGGAAUAAUGUAUGUAAUACUACAAUUUAUUGAUGUGAGUGGAUGCUAAAAAAAAACAAACAAACAAAACUAAUGUUUGGCAUGAGACUUGAGCUUUCUCUGACUUCUGACAACAAAAUAAUGAUCCAAAAUAACUUAUAAAAACGGUUUUAUUUAGCAGCUGUGCCGUAUGCAUUUUUACUCAUACCGUUGGUUUCACAAGUGAAGUCAAGAUGUUUGAAACAUUUUAGUAAAUCUGCAAGUUAAUGUAUUAAAAAAACAGAGUAUGUCAUUUCAGCCAGUGCACUACAAGAUCUGAACCUUUAAUUUGUUGUGAAAGUAAGAAAAGCCUGGUCUGAAAGAGAUAACUGAGGUGUAUUCACGCUAUUCUAUGUAACCAGGAGGUCAUCCUGAGGAGCUGCAGCCAGGCAGAUAAUCUAUUAUGACAUAUUAGACACUAAUCGACUAAAUCACUAAAUGAGUGAUAAAUGCCUCUGAAAUAUCCUCUUUUGUUGAUGAUAUUGUUGUUGUUACGCAACUUUUAUAUAUAAUUUAAAAGAUUGUGUAAGAGAUAAUUCUCCCUGAGAAGGUCAUGGUUUGGCAAUGAACUUCAAUGGGUAGAAGCUAGCCUGCAGGGUUUUAUGUCAUCCUUAAAUGUUUAAUUUGGAGCACACACUGACUCCGAAGGCGUGACAAGGUUUGCAUCUUUGUGGUUAGAGCCAAGCUUGAGACAGGACUCUGCAAGUGAAUGUAAUUAAAAAGGUGGAUUAAUGGUUUUAAUCUGACUGAAACAUGACCUUUAAAAUUCACAUUAACAGGCAAGUCCUCAGGGUCAGACUAACAUACCAAGAUAAUGCAGUGUGGGAUCAAUUUCCACUUACUAUACACACCAUAGACAGACCCAAACUGACCUUAUUGUUUAUAUAUGCUCUACAGGUCAAGGUUACAGUGUAAAUAAAUGAAGAAGUAAGCCAGCCAGCAAACCUCAUCAGAAGAGGAGAAGUAACAGAGACACAACUGUGGUAUUGUAUGUACAAAGGAAAGGGGACGUAGAGUCAUCAGUGUUUCCUCAGUUUGAUGUACCAGUUAGCCUCUUGCUAACUCGUUGUCAACUGUUGUCUUUUGUUGAAUAAUUCAGCCAAGAAAAGGUUCAACAUACAGCAGCUGGAAGGGGGCGUAUUGGCAGUCAGCAUGGUGGAGGAGGAUUUACUUUGUAAACAAGUGAUUCUUGUGUUAGGACAACAGUCCAUUUGAAUAACCUAACUGAGCCUAACCAUAAACAUGGGUCAACUGAAAUGUGCAUGUUGACAGACUGUGUAACAGGUCAGGUUUAUUCACUUGAACUAUGUGAGUUUUCUUGGUCCAGUUGGUCUUUCUUGUGUUGUUAAAUUUGUAUCCUUUUGUCUCAACAAACAGAUGUUAUGGCAGCAGACUUACAGUAUGUCCUCAGAUUAAUGUUAGGAGUUAUUCAGUGUUUAUCAUCAGAUUAAACCAGAGCUGUAUCACACAUCAACUUGACAUUUUUUAAAAAUAAUUAAGGACAUGUAUGUCCCGAUAUUUCCAAUGAACUUGCCAUUCAUGUAUGCACCUCACUGGGAAAAAAUAUUAAAGUUGGACGUGCUCUCAAUUCAAAAUACUGUCUUUGGUGUAGGCAACUGGAUAGCACAUGCAGGUGGGGUGUCCUUAGCAAUGAUAACUAUUUCUGUACCAGUAUCAUCCAUUAAGACCACAAGACAAACACAAUGGAAACCAAUAAAUUCAUCUAAGACAGUAAGGAGUGCCAAAGAGUAACACUCCCUUAAACCGAAGCAGCGUCAUCAGCUUGGCCCGUUCGCUUAUGCUGAAUGUUCCAGAGUAUUACCUGAAUUAAACACAGGGUAUAACCCUCUGCCAUGACGUACGUGGAAUCAAGUAGUUUGUCUGCACCUGGACAUUGUUCUAGCCUCAGACGUCAGGUAUUUCGCCUCUAGCCUAAUUGAUGUCUUUGACAAAAGGGAUCAUUGCAGCUAAAAUGCAAAUCAGUAGAGGUGGAACAGCAGGAAAGAGAGGUUACUGUUUCCAACUUGAAAUUUGUUUCUUGCUUUUUUUCCCUCAGGCUUGCUGUGUUACCUAUAAAAUAAUACAACAUUCAGCAGUUUUAAGUUUAUUUUAAGGCUUUUUUGUACAUGAUUUGGCAGAAGGCGUAAGAGUUAGUCCAUCUUUUAACUUUAUUAUUAUUAUUAUUAUUAUUAAGAAAGUCUCUAGACUACACUGGAUGCUUAACUUAAGAACAUCUGAGAUCUGUGUAUAAGCCAGGAUGAGGGCUGCUUGUUGUUGUCAAACACACAUUUAUGCAACCUUAAGCAAUUCUUUAAAACCUAAUAUACCAAAAUCCCUGAAGAAAACAUCAAUAAGUCAAAAAGAAAUGCUUUUUGUUAAUCAAAACUUACCGGUUGGCUUAAGAAAAUAACAUGUAUGAAAUAAAAUCAUAUUACCAGAACUGAAAGGGACCCUAUGACCUAUAUUUUGAAAAGGGAAUAGACUGAUGUCACUCACUAAAUCACUAAAGCCGCUUUUUCAUUUUUCAUACUCCAUCCUUCUGCUUUUCAGACACAUUCAAACACUCUCUCAUCUGCCUUCUCCUCCUCGUCCCUUCUCUGUUCUCCAUUUGUGGCUGAAUGAUAGUUGUGCUGCUGUGUGUUGAAAAUACAGCCACAAUGAACAUGAGUCAGCAACUUCCUUGUGCUACAAAACUCUCUCCUUUAGAUACAUUGUGACAGAAAAUCAAAUCUGAUCACCUACCCAGUUUUAGUGUGGGUGCCAGAAUAAGUAACUUUAAACCUGUCUUUAACAUUUCCCACCACAUCUGCUCAAAACAGCUACCAUGCAAUCUUUGGCAGUCUAACUGAUGAUUUUUGUGUCUCCUCUCCAGCUUCACUUCCAGGACCACUCAGUGAGCGGUAACCUCUCAGCAGUAACAGUGGGGUCUGUCAGGUGCCUGAGAGGUCAAGGAGGGCGUGGAGCUGGAUGUAUGAGACAGCUUCAUGGGCGUAAAGGACCAUCUGGACGAUGGGACAGGCCACAUCCUCAGCCUGGGGCUGGAUCUGGACUACCUCCAUGUGGAAGGUGCUGAGCAGCAGGUGGGCUCAAGCAUUGUGACAGGUCCUGGAAAUACAGGGGUCUUACAUGUAAGACCUAAUGUCCCAGGUAACAGCAGUAUUAGUAUUAGUAGCACUAACUCUAGUACCCAUUCAGGCUACAGCAGCAGUAGCAGUUGCAGUAACUUAUCUGAGGAGAGUGCAGUCUCAGAUAGUGACGAUGAGCGACUCCAAAUUCGGUCUGGUACUGAUUCACAAGAUCACACCCCUAACCUUCACUUCAAAGAGUCCUGUCAGAUGGUCAGACUGGACCUGGCAUCAAAUCAGUCCUGUGUUGACCCUGCACAGCCUGAAACAUCAUCUCCCUCAACUGAGUACCAGAACAAGGUAGACUUUGCUCUCAAGCUUGGCUACCCUGAGGAGCUGGUGCUUCUGGUGCUGAGGAAACUUGGCCCGGAUGCACUCAUCAAUGACAUCCUGGGUGAGCUGGUCAAACUGGGAACCAAGACAGAGACAAAACAACAAGAUGGUCCAAUGGUCUCCCACUUUUCCUCCUCUUUGUCUUCCUCGUUGGCCUGCUCCUCCUCUACCCCCACCUCUUCUCUGGACUCUUGUCAACAACUGUGCCAGUCUCGCCUGCUUGAGGACAAAGACAACUUCCGGCCUGUUGUGGUGGAUGGGAGCAAUGUAGCUAUGAGGUAGGAAAUCUGAAUCUGCAUCCAGAGAUCAGAAUUCUGAGGAAUGUUUCGAUGUAUCCCUUGGGUUGACAUUAACACAUCUUUCUGCCCUUGCAGUCAUGGAAAUAAGGAAGUCUUUUCCUGUCAAGGCAUCCAGUUGGCUGUUGAUUGGUUCCUGGAGCGAGGCCACCGUGACAUCACUGUUUUUGUCCCUGCCUGGAGAAAAGAACAGUCCAGACCUGAUGCUCUUAUCUCAGGUAGUAGAUGUUAAAAUGACACAAAUCAAAAACACUGAUGUGCCAAGGUCCUUUGCGGUGUCCGUUUAUGUUUCUAGUUCUCUUCUUGACUCUUUUUAUGUGUGAACAAUCCUUUUCUGCAGACCAAGAGAUCUUACGGCGACUUGAGAAAGACAAGAUCCUUGUGUUCACUCCAUCACGCCGUGUGCAGGGUCGCAGAGUGGUUUGCUAUGAUGAUCGUUUUAUCGUCAAACUGGCCUACGAGUCAGAUGGCAUCAUUGUUUCCAAUGACAACUACCGUGACCUAGCCAACGAGAAACCAGAGUGGAAGAAGUUCAUUGAUGAGCGUCUACUGAUGUACUCCUUCGUAAACGACAAGUGAGUCACUCAUAGCAAAAAUGACCAGUAAAGGGGAGAAAAUUUUUAAAAUUUCAAAAUUCUAUGCCUGAUGGGGGGAUUGUCCAUUGAAACUUCGAGUUGAUCGAAAUUUAAACUGUAAAAUAUCUUUUUAGGUUUAUGCCUCCAGAUGACCCACUGGGACGCCAUGGACCAAGUCUGGAGAACUUCCUGAGGAAAAGGCCUAUUAUCCCUGAACACAGGAGGCAGCCAUGUCCCUAUGGUAAAAAUCUACACCCACAGGACAGCCCUAAAGAUGUGUUAAUUCUAAUUUAUUAUUUAAUUAUUUAAUUGUCACAACAUUUCUAUUGUAAACUGUUCAAACAUGAUAACAUGGAAAAGAGCACAGCACAAAAUACUGUUCACAUACAGAGACGAUGCUAAACCUUGAUGUCUGUGUCCCUCCUUUAGGAAAGAAGUGCACAUAUGGCCACAAGUGCAAGUUUUACCACCCUGAGAGGGGCAGCCAGCCCCAGCGAGCUGUUGCUGAUGAGCUCCGUGCUAGUGCCAAAAUUUCAUCAGUAGCUUCCAGAGGCCUGCUGGAAGAUCCCUUGAUGGUGAAGAUCCAAAGUGCUGGUCCACCUGAAAGAAGGGUUGAAGCUGAACCAAGUCAGGACACUCCAAAGAAACAGCUCAUCUCUAGUCCACGGUUCUCCCUAAAUGACCUUCUGGAGGACAGACUCAGGGUCCAGUCUAAAGUACAGGGGCGGCGGGGGAGCAACAGCAGCAGCAGUAGCUGUAGUAGCAUUUUUCUAGGGCAUGCUGCUCCAGGGGGACCCCCUUUGUUGGGGUCUCUGGACCGAUGGGAGCAACCUGGGAGUGGUGCCGGAGGAAGCAUCAGAAUGCCUGGAGCCUCAGGACCAAAUUUGGCUGAAACUUACCAUAGAUGUGAGUCCCCAGACCUGGGCUACAGCUCACUGCUGAAGUCCUACUCUAGCCUCAGCCUGGUGGUGCCUCAGAGUCCUGAAUGCUUCUCCCCAGCAGAUCUGCGAGCUUCAUCACUGGCAUCAGAUUGUAGCAGUGAAGGCAGUGUCAGCUCAGACUCAUUCUCCCCCGACCCUUUGCUAGAUGAAUGCACCAAGUGUCACCAUCCUCACCAACAUCACUACCAUCAUCAGCAGCAUUGCCCUGGUCAGUACACUCACCGUGUAAGCCGUGUUCCUCCUGGACUUGGCCAGCAUGUCUCUCAUAGCCUUGAAGUUCCUCAGUCACUGCAGAGACAACAUGGUUUCGCCUCAGAGGGCCCACCAGUUCCUGUCACCUCGCAUGCAUCUGCACAUCUCUUCAAAGCCCCUUCUGCCUUCACACCAACCCUACCUCCACACCAUUUGCUGAGCGGUUUUCCAGGGGAAUUCUCAGUCCGCCCACCUCAAGCACCCACCACUCACUCCUACUCUCAGAUUUCACAAAGGCACAAUGUAAUGGACUCCCCUUGGCAGAUGGGUGGACUCCAGGACCCCCAUGUGUACAAAGGGUCACCAGUUCAUUCUAAAAGUAACCACCCAGGACUAAAUCAACAACCACAGCAUCAGUUAAACUGGGGUGGCCUUCACCAGCAGUCCCCUAAGCCUAGCUUUGACCUGCUUACCUUUCAGAGUCUUCCAAAAGUCCAAGAGAAAUCCUGGCACUCUCCUUGGGAAAGACAAGUUCAUUCAUCACCUCAUGCCCUUUCAGCAUCGAGUCUUCCAACAUUCCCACAGUUAUCCUCACCAUCCAUCACUGCCCACAAAAGCCCCCUGCACUCAGUGCCCCAGCACCAGGAACCUCCUGCUUUGGGUAGAUACCAGGACCUAAGAGAGAAAAUGUUUGUAAACUUGAGCCGUAUCUUCCCUCCAGAUUUGGUGAGGAUUGUGAUGACCAGGAACCCUCAUGUCAUGGAUGCUCAGGAGCUUGCAGCUGCGAUACUAAUGGAGAAAUCGCAGCACUGA